AUGUUGCAACCCCCGGCCGCCCUCCUCGAGAUGGCGUCCCUCAGGCUGCCGGACUCCGAGGAGUUCGACGUCGAUCCACGUCGUCGCCCUAAUGGGAACAACGUCCUGACGACGACGAACCCUUUUGGAGGCAACGUCCUCCUCAAGAUCAGGACCGAUUUCAGGGACUUCCUCAACAACACCCUCGCGGAAGUCGCCACUGCCAGAAGCAACCCCACCGUUGGCGAACCCGGGGGUCUCUUCAAUGCCAGCGAGAACAACAACCUCUCCAUCGAGCAGGUUCCCGACAGACUUUAUCGCCACAGCAUUGCCAUGUCUGCCGUCUACUGCAUCGCCUACGUCCUCGUCUUCGUCGUCGGCCUUAUCGGCAACAGCUUCGUCAUCGCCGUCGUCUACCGGUCUCCUCGCAUGCGCACCGUCACCAACUUCUUCAUCGUCAACCUCGCCGUCGCCGACGUCCUCGUCAUCGUCUUCUGUCUGCCUGCCACCCUCAUGAGCAACAUCUUCGUCCCUUGGGUCCUGGGCUGGUUCAUGUGUAAAACGGUCCCCUACAUCCAAGGAGUCUCCGUGGCUGCAUCGGUGUACAGCCUCGUCGCUGUGUCGUUAGACAGGUUCCUGGCGAUCUGGUGGCCCCUGAAGUGCCAGAUCACGAAGCGUCGAGCCCGGCUGAUGAUCGUGGUGAUCUGGUUCAUCGCGUUGACGACGACAUCUCCGUGGCUUCUGUUCUUCGACCUGGUGGCGAUCUACGGGGACGAGCCAGACCUCAGGCUGUGCCUCGAGAAGUGGCCUCGACCAGAGGACGGAUCCCUCUUCUUCCUGAUCGGCAACCUCAUGCUCUGCUACGUCCUGCCGAUGAUCCUGAUCUCCCUCUGCUACAUCCUGAUCUGGAUCAAGGUGUGGCGACGACACAUCCCAACGGAUACCAAGGAUGCCCAGAUGGAGCGGAUCCAGCAGAAGUCCAAAGUAAAGGUCGUCAAGAUGCUGGUCGUCGUCGUGGUGCUCUUUGUGUUGUCUUGGCUGCCUCUCUACAUCAUCUUCGCGAGGAUCAAACUGGGUGGCGACAUCGCCGAGUGGGAGGACGAGUUGUUGCCGAUCGCUACUCCGAUCGCCCAGUGGCUCGGCUCCAGCAAUUCCUGCAUCAACCCCAUCCUCUACGCCUUCUUCAACAAGAAGUACCGCCGCGGCUUCAUGGCCAUCCUAAAAAGCGGCCGCUGCUGCGGGAAACUCCGCUACUACGAGACCGUCGCCAUCAUGUCCUCCUCCACCAGCAUGAGGAAGUCCUCCUAUUACGUGAACAACAACUCCUCCACGAGAAGGGCGUGCCAUGGACCUCCGGUCCACCAAGACAGCAACGUCUCCUACAUAUUCAACCACACCGGCGUUUAAGCGGCUCCCGCGAAUGGUCUCAAAGGCUGGAUUGGUAUCAACUCUCGAAAGGCCUCAACGCCUCGAUUGGAGUCCGCGGACUCGAAGUCGAAGUCGAGGUUGGCUGCCCAGACGGGCUCGGAGCCGUUUGCCAGCUGGUCCGAGAUUAUGGGUCACUCGUGAUCGCAACGCUUGUUACUCGGACUGGCGACGCGACACCGGAAGGUCUCAAGACUGCCGGGAUGCUGGAUGACGUCUCGAGUCUUCUUGCUGAUCGGGUCCGGACAGAUCCGACGUGCGGACUCUACACCUUGACGACCAAGAAU